CGCUGGCAGAGCUCUACAAAUGUUGCAGGUCAGCUUCACGUUGCGAUGGCGCCCCCCUGACGUUUGUGCACAGCUUUCACCAGUUGUCCAGGCAGCCAGGUAGCUCGCUGCUGGCUCUCACAGCUCCAGGACAAUGUCUGGAAAAGAGCAAGCAAAAAGUGUGAAACGCCACCCUUCAGAGACUUUCACCGAGUUUGAAAACUUCUUGAAGCGGAUUGCUCCACCAAAGCCCAGGAGUUCUAUGACCGGCCUGGAAAAGAGCCAGGAGUUUUGGAUGACCGCUAGCAAACCGUUCAGGCAUCCUGUGGGGUGGGUUGUGCUCUGGGUCGCUGCCGACGCGCUCCUAGCCAAGCAUCACAAAACGGACUCUGCAUCAGUCUUUGGAGGCUCUGCACCACACCAGAGAAAACAGAGCUGGGAGAUGGUCUGAGGUGAAGGGCGCCAGUUCUAGAUUGCGCGAUGGAAGUUGCGAGGGAUGUUUGGGGAGCAAGCGUAGAAGCGGCGGGGCGUGAGUGGGGGCACGCAGGAGGUAUCAUGACGAGGCAAACCUCUAGAGUAGUCAGACGCUCGGUUGUGAGGGAUGCAAAGCGGUCCGCUUGGUGUCCGAUAGUCUGGAGUCUUCUCGUUCUGGUAUUGACCACUCAGACAGCGUCCGCCAAGCCUUCCACAUUGCGAUCAGUUCCAGAACUAGAGGCUGCUAUGUAUUCCACCAUCGACGGCUGGCCGUGCGUCAGGUUACUGACGGUCAACGGGGAGAUUGGCUGCUCCAAUCCUGAUAGGGGUCUGGUGAUCUCCCCUAUUCAGAGGCUCGAGUCUUCUCAAGACGCAGUGUUGGGGAACCAUGCCGUUCUGCUCCCCCCAAGCGCAUACCAAGGUUUCAUGCAGCGGCUAGAAGCAGACCCUCUUCUCACUGAGCAAGUAGCAGGGGUCUUGCUAGAAGCGGACAAUCUGUUUAACGGAUCGCACGUGCUCAGUCAAUUCUCCCCUGCUGCCAAGUACCCCCAGGCAGAAUGGGCCGAUGAGUCGGCGCGGGGCUACGUGUGGAACCCCCCAGGGAGCGACUUAGCAAGAAAACGAUUCCAGCUGCCGGUGUUUCUUCUGAACGAGAAUGGGACAAGGCUGAUGCGCAGCCACUCAGAGCACAACCACAAACAAAACUUCAAGCACCCCCUCUACGUCGCGGAGUUUGAUCUCGUGAUGUACACGACUGCUCACGAGACACCCACAACCGCAGAGUGCCUGGCAGCUGCCACGUGCCUGCCCCUGGGAGGCUACAGUGUCCUCUCGUCUCUGCCCCCCCUCCCCCCUCCAAACACCACUACUCCUACCAAACCCGUAGUACUCGCCCUGGCCUCAAUCGACUCCGCAUCUUUCUUCCGCGACUUAGCCCCCGGCGCAAACUCCCCUCUCUCUGGCGCAAUUGCUCUGCUCGCGGCUGUGGAAGCGCUCUCGCGGGUGCCCGGGGUUAAGGACGGAACCCUCCCUAACCAGCUGGUUUUUGCCUUCCUGACCGGGGAGUCGUGGGGUUACCUUGGCAGUCGGAGGCUGCUCGCUGAAGUUGCUGAGGGGAGCGCGGCAGUGGACGGGUUCUCUUGGGACCAGGUGACGGCGGUGCUGGAGGUUGGCUCUGUUGGGAGGGCCAAGAGAGGGCCGGUGAACGGAGCUCCUGACAAAGCGACGACGUUCUAUGCUCACAGGGGAAAGCAGCAGGCGGCCUCCGUCUCCGCCCCCAUCCUCACAGCCCUCACUUCCGCCGCGAGCAGCAUGCCCGGCGCGCCCUCGGUCCAGCCCGCAAGCCCCGACACCCCCGGCGUGCCCCCCGACUCCUCGCUGACGUCAUUCCUGUGUCAGAAUCCCCAGACCCCGGGUCUGGUCCUGACCGACUUCGACGCCGCCUUCUCCAACCCCUACUUCCAGAGCUUCUACGAUGACGUCAGCAACAUCGACGCUGACGUCAUUGCUGAAGCGGCAACACUGAUCGCGCGCGGGCUGCUUCAGCUAGCCGGGGGAACACUCACAUCGCAUUUGCCAAGCACCAACCCCGGUUUGGUUAAGGACCUCGUUAAGUGCCUGUUGACCCCCUCCCCGGGGCUGGGCUGCAGCCUGGUGCAAAACCUAACCACGCCGCUAACCGCGUCCGGUUUCGCUAACCACUACGUGGGGAUCCUGCAAGAAGGCCCGGGACCAAACCCGUUCCCGCUCGACGACACGUCGCGGUUUCUAUGGAAUCUGCUGGCGAACGUGACGGGGAAGACAGUAAAUGGCAGCACGUGUGAUGGGGCGUGCCCAGCGGGGCAGGCGUGUGUGGGCUUGACGGCGGCAAAGAAGGGCACGUGCCUGAACGCCACGGCCAGGUACGUCCCGGCCUACUCGACGCGGCUCAAGUGGGACAACGGCUGGCAGCUGCUUCCGUCACCGCCCGGCUCCAAAGCAGACCCGGACCCAGUGUACACGGAAAGCUUCUGGAACCAGCUUCACCUGAGGACGUACAUGGCCGAGAGCCCACGUUAUGAGAAGUGGGUCUUCAUAAGCGGGCUAGCCGUCACUGGCUUCGCGUAUCUGUGUCAAGUGAGCGCUAAGCGGGUUGUUGAGCAUAGGCUCAAGCAGGCGUAGGUAAUGUAGGACAGGUGAUUCUUUUGUGGGCUUGCGGCCUCUUAUUUCAGGUCGUCAGCUUAGCAGCUAGCCUGUUUUGUACAUUCUGUGGUAAUGCGGGGGGGGCAAAGAAGCCGGCCGGGGGAGGCAGCUUUUCCGAACCGAGAGGACUGCUGUGAGGCAAUGCAACAUGUAAAGCUUCAAAUCUCUUUGCGCCAGGCGCACUCAUGAU